UACAACCAAGGCGGUAUCCAACAAUAGAGAUAUCUAUAUUUUGUACAACAAACGACUCGCGCGUCUUGGCCUUACCGGUAAAUUGCAUACUGUACAGUGUGCAUUCAUUUACAGGCCUACCCAGCAUCAACUAAGGAUCACGAGCACACCAACACAUCAUCGGCUUUAACACUUCACAAGUCACAUUGAUUAGGCAUUAACGACGUCAACGAGAAAAGAAAACCAUAUAAUUCAAGGCAGCAACCCAAUACUACAAGCCGUCUACCAUCAGAUCAGGUCUUGAAUCUGCAAUAAUCUUGUCACCUAUUAUUUAUUGCUCGCAGCUUGCUCUUCCAAUCAAGUUGCAUUAAUCGUUUUUGAGUUGCCUUGCCUGGCCUAGCCCCAGGUCGACCACAACAUAAACAACAACAGACUUUCGAACCCGUCGCCUCUAUAUGCUUGGGGGGUUUUUAUUGUUCGACUCGACCUGUUUCGGCCAUCUCUUUUUUGACCAGUCGCAAAACAAGCAAACGACGCGGUUCAAAUCCAAUUGAGGAAAACAAACCCAAAGACGACGUACGCCCUGGCCAGACCGCGACCGAAACAAGGCAGCCAGCCCAGUCUUUGGUUCUGGCCAAUUUUUGUGGAAUUCAGCCAGCCACCAACACCGACAACCCACACGCCCCCCCCCUACCAUCCAUCCAUCCACCCUCAGUACCACCUACUCUAGGUCGUAUUAAACUACCCCGAAACGCGUGCAGUCCAUUUCUCGUCAAGACUGCCAAUUCUUUACCUUAAAUCUUGUUCCUUUUUUUUCAAACGCGACAGACUAAACCUGUUUGCGUAUCGAGGCUACUCCUUCCGUUCCACGCCAAAUCGGACCUGACACCUAUUUUUUCCCCCAUUCCGAAACUAAAUUCAGGCUUAGACCGCUGCUCCCGACCACUUUCCCCCGUCUGUUGUACCGAAAAAUUCCGCUUGUCAGCUUAUUCUGCAUUCAAAUACCACAGAGCUGCCCGGUCCCUCAUGAGCACACACCACAGUCCGAGGUCGAAAUAUACCACCUCGACUGCCAACUCUCCACAGCCUUCUCCUCAUCACUGCCAUCACAAAAAUCACAACUCGGAUAAUAAACGCUUCGUCAACCGCACACCAUCCACCCGGAGUCAAUACUGCACACAGAGCGAUUCGAGUUCCAGGUCGACCUCAAACUUCAGCGCCCGUGCCGAAUAUCACUACUCCAUCAGCGCAACCAUGGCUUCCACCUCACAAAACGCCGCCUCAUCGGCCAACUCAUCAACCAUCUCGAUGCAUCACUACUACUACUACCAAACCCCUUCGCAUCAGAUGCCAGAACCAGAGGCGUGGCUCAUGGCGACGCCGAUCGACGACGACGACUUGACUUUUGGAGGAAAGCCGCUGAGUGCAUGGUACGAGGAGGACAGGAGGAGGUUUAGCUUGGGCGAAGACAGCGCUAGAACGAUUGAGAGCGACGAGGAUGAGGAGGAAGAGAGGGGACGCCAAAGGGUUCGCGCACAUUACGACGCGCCCUCGCCAUCUCAUCGCCAACACCACAAAUCACAGCACAGCAGCAAGAGCCAAGAGAAGCACUAGGCGUGCCAACAUGGCUUUUCCUCUUCACUGCGCCCGCUGGACGCGCCUCGAGGCUCGACGUGUGGCAAACGCUCCACAGGCGAUGAUGCAACAACCUGCAUAGUUGCUUCUUUGCGCCCCAAGAACGGUGCACAAGACAGCAAACAACGCCUUUGCAUAGGCUGAAGCUUGGGCCUCUCCCCGCGCACACGCGAAUGUGCACUGGCUUGCUGUCACUCCACGCGUCGAUUGACACCAACUGCCUCCUACGUGCACCAAGUCACUGCAAUUUUUCCGACUGUUUAGGGGGGAAAACAUCUACAUCCGCCUAGACGAUCGACGAUUUUGCACGCAUGCGCUGCGGGCGCAAAUGUGCGGUGUCGCUACGGCAUGGCGCUGCGCUAGCGUCGUCGCACCGUCACAUGCCACUUAAGCACUCUGUGGGGGUCCGCGCACUUCGACCUCUGAUACGCCAAAUUGGCAGGACCAUACUUCUUCUGUCUGUUGGUCUUCCAAGAACCCUAAGCGUACUGAGAUCUCUAGCGCUUCUUCUUUUUCUCCUUUUUUUUUUCUCCCCCCUUGGUCCUUGCAUCCUACGUGGCUGAGCCGUUUGUUUCCAUGUUGACACCAUAAAGCAUCUUGUGCCGAUUAAGCACAACUCACCGAAUGAAAGAUACCCCCUCCAUUUUUUAUGAUACCCCCCCUUUGCUACACCACGAUUCAUGUAUUUGUCGGGUGUCAAUAUUAUACACUAGAUUUGCCAUCUUUCUAUUCCAUAUCCCUGUGUGUCACGGGAACAUGGACUGGCUGCAGUCCUAAUUCUCUAUUCCUCUCUUUACUUUUCACAUGAUACCAUGGUUGCAUACUCUCACUCUUUUCCCCUCAUGUCUCGGUUGUUUUGUUUUUGUUUUCCCGGCGCGCAACAUGUCUUUUAUUUCUCGGUCCACGCAUUGUCCGGUUUCUAUCUUUUUUUUUAUUACCAACGAGAGGCAUAUGGGGAGUUUGAUUUACAGCAUCGCAUUCUGCAUUCUCCGGUAGAGAUUGUCAUAGAUGGAUUCUUUUAGGCAUACUACUUGUAGAAGGGUCUGGUACUCAGGAGUUUAUUUAGCUUUGUUUCCUCAAUCUUUAGCAAGGGUACGCAUUCAUACGAUUUUCGUCUUAAUGCGACGAGGAUGCUGCUGGCUGUGGCGGAUUGAAUACAAAAUGAUUCUUACCUUACAA